AUGGGGCUUCCGCCAAGAGUCCAUACGGUGCGUGAGACUGCCAGCCGCUCCCGCAGUGCCAGAAGAAGCCCUUCUCGGAAGAGCUCCCGGAGCUCCUCGGGGUCCUCGAGCUCAAGUUCGAGCUCCUGUGACAGCGCCACCGACACCCUCAACAACAAAGACAAGCAGCUGCUUACGAUCAUGGGUGAGGCGCAGCUCACGCGCCGGCAGCUGCUGGUCCUUGCCGAGCGAACGCCACUUCAGGACUUAAAAGUCAAGGGUGCCUUCGUCCUGGUUCGGGCCACCGAGGGAUGUUGGGCUGCUGCCCAGAUCCUGGAAAUUGAGACCUCGGCUACAUAUGUGCUGAAGAAGGAGCGGCGGCCGACGAAGACGCGCGAGUACGACUGGAAAAUCCGCGCGUUUCGUGGUCACGACGAGAAGGUCAUCAAGGUCGGAGCCAUCUCGAACCGGAAAAUGGACAGGGAUCAUAUGCGUGCAUGGAAGGCUUUCGUGGAGAAGUCUGAGUUUGGUAUCAGUUUGCCGGACCUGGAGAAAAGUAAAGACGAGGUCGCCGUUGUCAAGCAACAGCUGCCGAGCACGGGCACGCCGCGUUCCACACCGCGGUCGGACCCAGCGCCCCCUUCGGUGGAGCAGCGAUGCGAGCGAUGCGACUCGGAGCCCAAGGAGACGCCGGGAAGUGGCAACCGAUCAGAGCACUCUACGCCAGCCGAGGCAGCAGAAGGCCAGAGCGGUUCUGCGUUGGUCUCCUUCGAAGAUGGUCCCGAACAAGAACCGCAAUCUGCAUUGAACGAGCUGAGCGUGUAUGAGCAAUAUGAGCAGCUCCUAGAUCCGGAAAGCUUGCGAAGGAGCAUCUGA